AUGGGAAAGAUCCUAAAUUUGAAGAGCCUGGAACGCGACCCUGUGUGCGUCAGCCAGCGUAGACGUACAGUAGUGUGCGUGUCGUGCGCACGCGUCUACGGCACCGUAUUUACGCUAGCGCCCCUACCACCGGCGGCACUCAUGCGCCGCGCGACCUCACGAACACACGUUCACCCCACCACACGGCCUGUGACCCUCGGCGACACCAAACAUCCCAGUCUAUCCCAGUAUGUGCCAGUGUUCAAACGCCAGUGA